UCAUUGAUCGGCAGUGGAGAAGCUCGCUCACACCCACCAGGAUGCUCUGCCAUACCGUUGCGUUGGUUUAGGAAGAGCAAUAAUCGGGAUCCGUGGUAGUUUAUUCGGGUCUUGCCGCAACGUACAAAAGUUUUAACUCAGUCUUGCUGUGGGGACUACAUUUUAUUUUCCACGACAAUGAUCUAAGAGCUACAAUCGGACAAGGUAAAGGCUGCCCUCUUGUAGGUGUACCCAGAUUUAGUGGAUGUCUCAGCCAUAUCUCCCCCUGGGCCCACCCCCAUGUUGGAAGAGAGGCAGAUGAAGCUGCAGGAUCCCUUCCCCUCCCAUGGCACGGCGGCAGCAGCAGCAGGAGCGGCGGCGGCGGCGGCGGCAGCAGGCAAGGCCAGCAGCAGGCAAUUGGAUGGACAGCUCAAUGGGUCAUCUUGCCUAGAUGGGCAAGAAGACCCAGAGGAGAGGAUGGUGCCCAGUCAGCAAUCGCCCGCCUCCCCCUCCUCCCCAGUUGACCCCAGCGGGCACCGGGAUCAAUGCCAGACACAGCAGCGCCAUGACCAGACAGAGAUGCCCUUCUCCCUUCGGCUGGCCAAAGCAGAGGAGAGGAUUCGCUCCCUACAGUCAGCCUUGACAACCUCUCAGAGUGAAGUUCUCAACCUGCAGCGGCAGUACGAUGAAGAAAGGUGCUCCAGGUCAGACUUCUAA